GGAAAAGGGGAAAAGAAAAAAAGAUAUUUUAUUUUAUAAAAUCUACCUGGUCUCCGUUUGAUACUUUUCUUUUUGCUCUGGAUUUUUUCUUCCCUAUCUUGUGACCGUCCAAACAAUCCCUCACCUCCCACCCCACGAAACAAUGGCAAUGUCCAGUCUUCUAUCCCCCCUCUCCUCCACCCUUCAGUCAUCCCCACUCUUCCCCAUCAGACACCCAUCUCUCCUUACUCUCACUACCAAACUUAGGUGCCCAAAAGCUCAGGAACGAAGAAGAUCCAUCGCCGCGCAAUCCAAGGGCAGCAACUCGGCUGACCCCCCAGACCGCUUAAUCUCAGCCGUCUGUUACUUCUACCCAUUCUUUGAUGGCAUACAGUACGGAAAGUAUGUUCUUACACAGUUCACGCCCAUUCAACUCCUCAUACAACCCUUAUUUCCAGCCAUUAAGGUCUUCAAGAGCUUCCCCUUUAAUGGGUUUUUGGUGUUUUUGACUCUCUAUUUUGUUGUUGUGAGAAACCGCAAUUUCAGUAGGUAUGUGAGGUUCAACACCAUGCAGGCUAUAGUGCUUGAUGUCUUGUUGAUUUUUCCUGAUCUUUUAGAGAGGAGCUUCAAUCCAAGAGACGGGCUAGGGUUGGAUUUCGUGAUGAGUUUGGACAGCACUGUGUUUUUGUUUCUGUUGGUGUCUUUGAUAUAUGGGUCUUCUUCCUGCUUGUUGGGGCAGGUCCCCAGAUUGCCAAUAGUUGCUGAGGCGGCCGAUAGGCAAGUACUUUGAACACCAAUAUGGUUUUUUAUACUGUUGCUGUAACGAUUUUUGUCUAUUGGGAAUGCUAAUUGUUAAAGGGGGUUUUUACAUUUGGAUAUAGUUCAUCGAAUUUAUGAAAGUUGCACACUGCAUACUACACUGCUGUGGUGGUUGGCAUUCUGCGUUUUGUUCUUAAGAUAUUGGGAAAAUUAGGAAAUGGAAUUUGGCUUUUUAGAA